UCGAAGUUUACGAAUCGUUCGUCUUACAGGCAGACAUUUCGCAUUUGACAUUAGCAUGACAUCCAGCAGCUACCUUUACUGUAUCAUCCUAAUCGCUCUUUCGGAGUGCAGAAUGAUCCUCGCAGCGAGAACAUUGGCGUCGAACGAAAUGAUGAACAACAACGUUCAAAGUCCUGUAAUUAUGACACAUCUACCCAACGUGAUUCAAUCGAUGCAAGAAAAUCUGGAGAACAGCGACAAUCGAUUAUGCGAGAUAGAGUACCAAGUUACAAGAAAGACCAUAGGGAAAUGCGUGAAGUUGGGCCACGGAUUGAACGGCUGCGUAUCGGAGAACUACGUGAACCCGUUUCACCAAGACUGCAUCUAAGCUUCUAAGCUCGCCUUCAAAUUACCUGCGAAGCGGAUUCAACGUUCGUUAAACCCUUGCCGUACCAUUUUCUUCAUAGUUACAACGAUUACACAGUUUUUCGAUUGUAACGAUUUCUAAGAAAAAA